AAUGCAUCUCGGCGCCACCCGCGGGUCCACCACGUGUUGUUCGCUGCUGCUGCUGCCACUGCUGCCACUGCACCUACUCGGAUGAGACCUCUCGUCUCUUCCUUCACCCCAGUUUUUAAGUAAACACUUUUCUCUCGCAAAUCGCCCCAAACUCGGCGGUCUCCCCCUGCCAAGUGCCGCCACGCGUUUCCAUUAUCGGCGGUCGGACUCGCCCGGCCCUACCCGUCCCGUGGAUUGCCCGGGGUUAAUUGUUGGAUUCCCCGAGGCUCUGGUCUCUCGGUGCUGCAUCUCGCCGUCUCUCCUCGCCACGGCAUGGCGUGGCGGGCACAGGGCCUCUCCCUCCGCGCCCUACGCCGGCUGUGGCCCCGAGGUCCGGGCAGCCACGCGGCCGUCGCCUCCCCGUGCGGCUCCGUGGUGCCGGCCAGGGGCGACUGCACCCCGCCGCGGGCAGGCAAAGCCAAGCAGUCGUUCUUCACGAACGUGGUGAGGCCCAUUGAGGAGGAGAAGAAGAAGAAGAAGGGACAGUUCAUUGCCAACGCCGUCUCGCCGCAGACGCCUGGUGGACGCGAGCAACAGCAGCAGCAGAAAUAUCAGCAGCAGGAAGACCCACAGUGGACGAAGCAAGAUCAGCAAAAGCAGCAAUACCAGAGGUCUACGGUAGAGGCACCGGACCAACCUCUGAGCCCAGCGGAUUGGGCAGCCCUGAAGAAAGAGGCCAACAACCCAAGGUUUGAGUCCAUAGUCAUUGAAAAACUAAUUGAGACCCGCGGAGACCUGGACAUUGCCAAGUCGCUGCUUAACUUCGUGGCGCUGGAGAGUGGUGACGUUUCCUACGGCAUGCUGCUACCGUACCUUCGCUUGUGCGUGGCCAACCAGAACGGAUCCGAGUUUCUGGAUGUGUACAAAAUCAUGCGUGAUCGUUACUCCAUCCUCGAGGACACGGCGUAUACCUUCGCCAUCCGCGGGCUGUGCAUGACGGAGCGCUGGCGAGAAAGCUUGGCUUUGCUGGAGGAGAUGAACAGCAUCCUGCAUCCUGCAGCGGUGAACUACACGGACAUUGUAAAGGCGGCAUUGGCCAGAUGCGAUGUUGAGCUGGCUUUUCGGCUCUAUGCAGAAAUGCUGCAGAAGGACCUCCUGCCACAAGAUUCGAUGCUGCAGGCGUUUUUUGAGCUGCGCGGAGAGUUGGCCGAGACCAACCGGGAUAAACUGGAGGGAAUUCUGCAGUACCUACGGCACAGUCAAACCUUUCCUUCCGAGAAGCUGGCCAGGAGUAUUGGCGACUGGUUUGAAAGCUUUAAAGAGGAGAAAUGGAAAGCAAGAUACAUUCACAUCCUACCACAGGCAGAACACUGUCCGAGUUGCGGUGAGAACCUGGAGUCGAUCUAUCUGACGGAGGGCGAGUACAAGCAGUUACAGGAAUGCAUCAUGAACGACGUCAUCAAGGGGCAUGACAUCUAUCGCAAGACCACACCCGCUGAGCUGGCACGCUUUCAGCGGCACAUUGCCAGCAACGGUCCCUAUGACGUGGUGGUGGACAGCCUCAACGUCUCUCACAUCAGUGGCAAAUAUGCUCAAUCACAGAUCCUCAUGGAUGUGGUGUCUCACCUAGCUGAACACGGGAAGCAGGUGCUGGUGCUGGGCCGGCGACACAUGCUCAAAAACUCUAACUCCUGGCUUCGUGAGCACAUGAAUAUCGUGAGGACGCAAGCAGACUGCUUCUUAAUGGAAAACAUUUCCAAGGACGAUCCUUUCCUGCUCUACGCGUGCCUGCACUCCGGAAACCACUGUUGGUUCGUGACGCGUGACCUGCUACGCGACCACUGCGCGCGCCUCACAGAGCCCAAUAUGCGACACCUCUUCCGCAAGUGGCAGCGUGGACACCAGCUGGUGUUGGAGACCUACAUCCCCAAGGGACAAAUCAUUUUUAAGACGGUGCCGUCUUUCGAUACGGUUUUGCAGACAACGACAAAGAGCUGGCACAUCCCAUACGACAAGGAUGGGAUCGAGAGGUCCCACAUUCAGGUCCCUGGAAACUGGGUGUGCAUGCACAAACAAAAAUCGCAAAGACGACUUCAUAACUUACUUAAAGACUCAGAAUGACAAAAUAGCCUCACUGGCUCGUAAUUUCAGAGAGAAACAAUUGUGGAAAAGGUGUGCAAUUAGACAUGGUUUACCGUCUAGCCUUUAUUUUACAUGCACUGAUAAUUAUGCUGUAUUUGCAGUUGUUCAUACAAAAUAAUACCCAGUCAAGUUGAAAAUGUUAAACUGUACAUAUUGUGUGCAAAGCAUUCACGUACUUUUAAUUAUACAAUUAUAGAUAUACACAUUUUACAGUCAUUUUGUGGGUUUUUGGUUUCUUUGUGGAAACGUACGUACUUCUGCAGAAAUGGUUAUGUUAACAGCAGCACCACCACACAUUGUUACGCACCAAUAGUUCUGUUGGUACAACGUUUUAUUUUGUGCAUAUUAAUUUGCAGCAACUGACAUUCAGUAGGGAUUAAAAAUAUAUCAAUG